UUGAGCUGGCGGAUGUGGUUCUGUUUAUAGCUACUCUUGUAGAUCUUUUUACCUUAAUGUUUUUGUUUUGUUUCGGUUUUAGUCUUUCUCUUACAUGUGGUACCGCUGUAUUGCGAACUCCAGAAUACGAAGUAUACAAAGCCGUGUCCUGAGUGAAGCUGGUGUGGUGCAGGAUGCGGGAUUAGCUGCUUCAGGGCGCCGCAUGGAGGUUGUUCUGCACAACUUGGAGAGCACUGUGGAGCUGCUUGCCGUGUCGCAGACUGACUCUGUGGCUGAGUGGGACGGUGAGACAGUGGACAGGGCGUUUCGGUGGGCACAAUACUGCGAACAUCUUCACACUCGCUUCCACACAAACCCGUCGGUCCGUGGCUCUUUAGAGAGCCGCCUGCGCGAGACUAACCAGCUGCUGGCGCACACGUUCACCGGGUAUCGCGGUCUGACUCUGUCUGAUCUGGCGCAGUGCCGCCACAGGCUGCUUGUUGGUCUGUUAAAAAACCCCGCGACUCCACACCCUGUUAUUAAAUUACUUUUGGGUAAGUUUGGACUUGGGGCUGAAGAUGCUGAAGGUGACCAGCAUGUUGACGUCAGUGGUCUCAGCGCGUGCAGGUCAGCGUGUAAACUCCUGGGCGACUUCACACUGAACCGGAAGAGUGAUUUUGGCCUCUCUGCUGGCACACAGGUUCACUGCACGAUGCUCUUACAGCGCAUCCAGGUCCUACAGAGCCACCCAGGCAACCAGGCAUACGCUACAAAGUUCCUGGAUUGUUUGCGGGAGGACAGUGGAGAAGGACAGGACAGCUUUCUGACACUUAUAGCAACUGCCCUGCUGUCAACAGACACCACGAGUGAUUACACUGCAGCUCAAGACUUUCUGCUCGACUGGUUAGAAGGACAUGUUGGCUUGCUGCACAGCAUGUGUUUGUCUUUACCUCCUGAACUGUGCACCAGACUUUCUCAACGAUGGCCGAAAUUUAGGCUUGCUUAUUGGGACAGUUUGAAAAAGUCAGCCUCCUCCUUGGUGUAUGAUGUGAGCAGUGGAUUAUGGAUACAGCCUUGUGACAAUGCAGUGGCAUCAUUUCCGACACUCACAGAACGGUUGAAGUCCUUAUGGAGCUCGGGUUCACCAUUAAAAGAUGAGACUGAAGAACAGUUGGUCACUCUGAAACAGGCUGAUGGGGACUUUGAGGUUGAGGGACUGAGUGUGUGGACAGAUCUGCUUGUACAGCUCAUGUGAAAGCUGUGUGUCCCUCUCGAAUUGUUACAGACCAAGAUGAAGGCAGUGGUGUGGUUAGAUAGCAGACAGGGGGAGACAGCGUUCUUUAACAGAUCUGCACAUUCUCUCCGACUGCAGAGCUGCAAUAUUACCAAAUUUACUGUCAGAACAACACGUACUGUAAUCUUAUUUGUGUCUUAAAAUGUAAUAAAAGAUCCAUUUUAUUUACAUAAUUGUUUAUUCCCAGCAGCUAUGCUGAAUAUAAUGUAAAUUAUUAUUAUUCCUGUUGAAUGUAUUGUAUUAUAACCUCAAAACUGAUGCAGAUAAUCUACUUUAAAACCGAUUAUAUUUCUCUUGAAUCAGAGUAUUUGAUUCCUUCCACAUUUCUUAAUUAAGAUUAAGUGCUGCGACAGAUGGCGGCAUCACUUGUUGCCUUGGAAACGGUUAGCAUUAGGCAUCUGCGUCCAUCUCAAAUGGAAAGGAUAGCCUGAAUGGUGAAUGUGCACAGUUCCUAAAUAGGUCCCUUGAGGAUACACUGACCUGUGAUUUAGUUAGAUUUCCUCAGCUUCGCACAUUAGGACAGGAGAGAGAGAGAGUGAGCAUUUGGAUUUGGUGAUUAAUAAUUUAUGUGGUCACUUAAUCCUGUCAGGACAUCCACAAUCAGAUCAGCUUGCUGCUAACGUGAACAAAGUAGUUCAUGGAAAAGCCAGCCUUUAUGAGAUUUCAAUAUUAAAUAAUUUUGUCAAAUGAGUUCUUCACAUGAAUUAGCUUUCAUGAAUCCUCUUGUACAAGAGACCAGGUCAGUGACUGUGAGUAAGAUAAUUACACUUUAUUAGAGAGGAACCCAGACAGGUGAGUGGAACUAAUGCUCACUGAACUACUGUCAUGAUGUGGAUCCCUGCAUUAGCUGUAAUAUUUCAGAAAGACUGAGGGAAAUGACAACAAUGUAAUUAAGUAUUCAGUGGUUAAAAUAAUCUUGCUGUUUCUUUUAUAACAGGUAAAAUGCCUGAUUUUUAGUUGCUGUUGUAUCUCAGACUCUUGCAGAUGAGAUGGAAUUUUUUUUUCCUUUCUUGUCCUGGAAACCAUGGAAACGUGUGUUCUCAGCAAUGGUAUGUAGCGAGACAGCAGCAGAAGGCCAGUGAAAAAACUGAUUUAGCAUGCAUAAACUAUGAAAUUGCUGAUGAGAUGCUGUCCUUGCAACAGGAAUACAUGAGGGACUUUUUUUGGCAGUCAUAAUUUUUGCAACCCCCUUUUUUGGAAGCCUUCAUAUUCAUGGGCUUAGACAUUUUCAUUCUCAUUUUCAUGUGUUUGAGGUCUUCCAGGACUAUGAUAGCUGGUUGGUUGGUCUUAGCCCAUGUAGUUUUGUGUAGAAUUUUAGAAUUAUAUUAAUCUUGUAGUGUUUAGUGGGUUGUAAAGAGAGUGUCUUUUUCAUCUACAACAGUGCUUAUAAUACCGUGCUGUGAAAAAGUAUUUUUCCUGAUUUCUUCUGUUUUUGUGUAUAUCAUACUAAAUAGUUUGAGAUCUUCAAACAAAAUACAACAUAAAAGCAACCUGAGUAAACAUACAAUACAGUUUUAUUUAUUAUUUUUUUUACUGAAGCAAAAAAGUUAUCCAACACCUAUCACAAUGUGAACGACUAAUUGCCCCCUUAAACUUAAAAUCUGGUUGUACCAUCUUUAGCAGCAAUAACUGAAACCAAAUGCUUUAGAUAACGAGAUCAGUCUUUCAUUUACUUCUAUAACUAGGAUUUACUCCUAUGCUUUGGAUCAUUGUCUUGCUGCAUAAUCCAGUCCUGUGUUUGAGUUUCAACUUACAGACUGAAGACCGGACAUUCUCCUUUAGGAUUUUCUGGUAGAGAGCAGAAUUCAUGUUUCCCUCGAUUACUACAAGUUUCCCAGGCUCUGAAGCACCAAAGCAUCCCCACACCAUCACACUACCACCACCAUGCUUGACCGUAGGUAUGAUGUUCUUUUAGUGGAAUUCUGUGUUUGGUUUUAUGCUAGAUGUAACGGGAUCCCUGUCUUCCAGACAGUUCACU